GAAGCCAAUAAACAGUUACUUUCUCUUUUUAUACACAAGCCAUUUAGUGCCGCUUGUGGCGCGUGUUUAAGAAGAAUGGGGGAAAGAAAAGGUACAAACAAAUACUAUCCCCCUGAUUUCGAUCCUAAUCGUCACAAAAUCUGAAUGCUUAUCAUGGCACGCAUGCUCUCCGCCAACGUGGGAAGAAGGCGGACCAAGGCAUCAUCACCAUUAGAUUUGAAAUGCCGUUCAAUUGCUGGUGUCUCACUUGUAAGAAUCCCAUCGGUAUGGGCGUCAGAUAUAAUGCAGAGAAGAAAAAAGUCGGCAUGUAUCAUUCUACCCCUAUAUACCAAUUCUCCAUGCCCUGCCAUCUUUGUGCCGGUACAAUUUUAUUCCAAACAGAUCCAAAAAACUUUCAGUAUAUCAUUUUGGAGGGUGCCAGACGAAAAGUACAAAAGUGGGAUGCUGAAGAAAACGAACAAGUUCUUAUCGCAGAUCACUCUGAGAAAAAGCAGCUUGCUACAGACGCAAUGUAUCACUUGGAACAUGACUUCACAGACAAGAAAAAGGCAAAUGAUGUUAUGCCGGUAGUGGGAGAACUCCAGAUUAAUCGUUUAGCAUAUGAAGAUGACUUUGCCUUAAAUCAGAUUGCUCGUAAAAAAUUUCGUGAGGCCAAAAAGUUAUCUCAAGAAGAAAUGGUCAAGGAUAAAGCUUUGUUGAAUCGUUUAUCUCUGUCUGGCUCUGAGGUAAAACUGCUCCCAGAAAAUGACGAAGACACAACUAUGGCCAAAGUUAUACAACUCACCCAUGCAAAGCAUAAUGUCAAAUCAAAUCGUUUGAAUCCCAUAUCUUUCAUUCAAAGUAGGAACCCAUGCAUCUCUUCAACCAAAACCUCCUCAAAUAUUACCAAACGGACAACUAAUACAGCAGUGAAAAAGUUCCCGAAGACAAAAUCUAAUUCUGCAGUUCAGAAUCUAUGUGAUAUUAAAAAAUCCGAAAAGUACAAUUCAUGUGAAACUAAGGAAUGCAAAAUUCCUGAACAGAAGAAUUCCAAACGGAAUGUGAAUAUUUUCUCUUCGUUAUCUGAUGAUCAUACUGUUAGCCUCUUAAAAGGUAGUUCAAUUGAACUCGUAUCAUAUGAAAGUAGCGACGAUUCCCACAGUAAUAACGACGUGUGAUUUUUAACCUUUGUAAAAUGGAGUAUAUGGUGGUUCGUUUAUCGUGAAGUGCACAGAAUUGAAGUUACCAACCACAUAAAUGAAUUUUAAAUGGAAUAAAAUGAGGAGUGGGUAUCUCAAAUGCAUUCAUCACAGAUUCACUGUCGACGUACUAGUACUUUCCUGACAUUGUUUACAAAAAUAUGUGUAUAUUAGUUGAUUUUAAUAAAAUAUUUUAAAAUUUA